AUGGAUUACCAAGUUCUUAUUUUGAAAACGUAUCAAACCUGGAAUUCUGAAAACGAAACUGCCGAUGUGAAAAACGGUGAUCAUCCGAAAGAACAAUUGCAUCGUGUUGUUGAUAGAAUAAAUGAUGACGUCCAAGUUGCAAAUUCUGAUAAUCCUAUACCAAUUGACGAUCUUCUGCAGCAAUUUGAAAAUGAAAUUGAAAAAAAGGAUACUCGUAAGAAGCAGGAAAUGAUUGGAGCUCUACAAAGAAUACGAAGAGAUAUAUACGAUGAUUCCGUUCGACGAGUACAAGUCUUUUUAGGAGGAUUAUGGCGCGUUGUUGAUCUAGGAAUAGCUGGAAGUUUGCAAAGAAAAAGAUCAGCACAAAGAACAGAAGGAGUAUUCCAUGCUUUUCUCAAUUUGCUUCUGGCAUUGCACGAAUGGUUUUGGAGUUGGUUUAGUUUCGGAAAAGCGAACCAUGAGGAUGAGGAUGAAGACGAAGACGAAGACAGAUACGUACAUGAAAACCCACCUCAUCAUAAAGAAGAACCUUCUGAUUCUGAUCAUUCAGCCGAACCUAUAAAAGUAACAACAAAAAUCGGUGAAAAGGGCGAAGAUCAUCAUAAAAUCAUACAUAAAUUUGAAAUCGAUCCUUUCUUGGUUAAACUCAACAUGGAUAUUACAUGUCGUAUUCUAGACGACUCGAAGAAACCUCAUAAUUCUAGUACUGGAGGCUCGCCUGACUUAGAGAAAAAGAAAGUGGAUGAGCAUCCUUUAAAAGAGGAAGACGACGAUUGGGAUUAUACCGACACUGAAGACAAAGUGAAAUCGGAUAAAGAAAGGCCAAAAGAUUCAAAACCUCCUCCGCCGGGUUCUGAUUCAAAAUCUAAACCUUCGCCAAUACCACCUGGACAAUCAACAGAUGCUAAAGGAAAGGAGAAAGAUGCAAAUAAAUCAGACAAGGGUACUAGACCUGCACCUGAUGAUAUCGAUAGACCUCAGUUAACGCGUAGUCCAAGCAACGCUGGCGGUUCUGAUUCUCAACCUGUUUCGGGAGGUGGAGAUAAGCAAAAGAAAAAAUUCGAAGGGAAUCCGGUAGACAGAGAACUGCUUGCCAAUCCCCCUCCUCCUGGAAAGCCAUUGAGUUAUUCACAAAUGAAAAGGAUGAUACCACAAAAAACUCUUCCUCCAGAUGAUGACGAUGAUGAAGAUAUCGAUUGGGGGCCAGGAUAUGACAUCCAGGAGAAUAAUCCAUACAUGCCGAACUAUAAAAAUAAGAAUACCCCUUGA